UUACCUCCACCCCAGCCUUCCGCAACACCCCCCACUCCACCACCACUCACGCCGCCAGGAAAUGGAAGCCACACCACCACCGCCGCCGCCGCCUCCUCCUCUGUCCGUGCCAGCGGGCGGAGGCGCGGAGCGGGAGUCACGCAGCAUCAGCGCCUCUCCCCAGGGACCCCCCGCAGGCUCGGCAGGGGGCGGACAGGCGACCGCGGGAACGGGAGGAGCGGGAGGAGCGGGAGGAGGAGGAGGAUCGGUAGCCAGGGAGACAGCACUCGUGCGCUCCCACGCUCACUCCAUAAGUAGAGGGGGCGCGAGACCCGACGCGUUCAGCCCCGCAGAGCUCGGAUCACCGCUCGCGGAACAGCAGCCGCCGGCCGAGAACCAUCAUCAUCACCACCACCACCAUCAUCACCACCAUCACAAUAAUCGCGGCCAUCAGCAGCAGCAGCAGCAGCGAGCGAUGCCGAUGCCGACUGUGGCGUCGAGUCUGUCACCGCUGGUGCCCGCUACCCACGCGACCAUGCUCUACCCCGGCGUGCCAGCUCCUUACUCUGAGCACGCCCUGGGGCUCGACAGCGGAUUCGGUCCUGCCCAGCCAACCUUCACAGUGCUGCAACCAAACGGCCUGAAGAGGAGACCCGCUCCCUAUGACCUGGAGUACAACGAGGGUCCCAUCGUGAAAACCCCGCGGCGAAUCUUCACCAACAGCCGCGAGCGAUGGCGUCAGCAGAACGUGAACGGCGCGUUCGCCGACCUGCGCAAGCUCAUCCCGACUCACCCGCCCGACAAGAAGCUGAGCAAGAACGAGAUACUGAGACUCGCCAUGCGCUACAUCACCUUCCUCGACCGCCUCCUGCGCGACCAGACCGCGGGCCAAACCGGGCCCUCCAUGGCGCAGGGCUCCGGGAACGGCCUGAUGACGAUGGGUGGCGGCGUAGGGAUCAACCAGAUCACCUCCACCUCCUCCUCCUCCUCCUCGCCACCGCCGCCGCCGCUGCACCCGGGAUCGAACCGGGACGUGCGCGGCUCGAUGGUUGAUGACGCGGCGGCUGCCGCUGCGUCGAGGGACGACGCGGCGUCGAUCGUCACGGAGGACGUGGCGUCGCCCUGGUCGAGCUGCGGCAGCUGUUGCGACGGUGGAACGGGAUCGCCGGGGAGUUUGUGCGACGAGAGAAGUCAGCAUCAACACCAGCGGUGACCUCCUCCUACUCCUCCUCCCCGCCACCACCAUCGUCGUCAUCAGCAGCGUCGUCAGCCGUGGUCUAUCCACUGCUGGUUGAAGGACUCUCAAUUGACUACGCCAAUCCGCACGGUCUCGCGGUGCGUCUUUGGUUGUAUCCGCAAAUGAAUGAACGGAUAAAUGAAUACUACAAAACAAUAACAACAACAGCAAUUGCCGUCAAUUGCCACUAAUUGGAGGUGACGUCACCGCGGCGCUUGUGCCAGGCUAGGUUUACAUUGGCCAUGAAGAAGUAAAUACAGUACGUACACGUUAACAAAAAUACACAGACACGUGGCUUUAGCAGAGCUACGGCGACGGGAAGUUAGUUUCGGGCCUUUGAAUGGCACAUGCACACAGGGAAAUUCAUGGAAGGAUUGGGUGAGCAAAUACAGAGCAGAAUGUGGUUUAUAGAAAGUGCCGAAGCUGCAAUGAGGAUGUUGUGAUGGGUGGGACAACGUGUGCCGUGUGGAGGAGGAUAGGGUAAGCGACCUGGAGGUUGGGAAUAGAACAUGCAGGAAAGGGUAGCUGUGAACCAGAGUGCUACAGUGGCUAUGAGAUGUUCACUACCUCGCCUGGUAUACAGGAGGUCGUGGGUUCGAUCCCGACCCUUGCACCUGCUGUAAAUUUGGAGUGUUUGCAUGUUCUCACCGUGGCUGCGUGGAUUUUU